AUGGCCAGACGUGGAAACGGCCCCAAGAAUAACAAACAAAAGUUAGCCCCCGAGAAGGAGCGUUUUAUCCAAUGUUGUUCGGACAUCACACUUGAGCUGACAAGCUCAUUGACGUCUGGAACAUCGCGCGAAAUCAACCUGAAUGGGCUCAUCACCAAAUAUUCCAAGAAGUACAAGCUGAAGCAACAACCUCGUUUGACAGAUGUGAUCAACUCGAUCCCAGACCAGCACAAAAAAUAUUUGCUGCCGAAAUUGAAGGCGAAGCCCGUGAGAACUGCGUCUGGUAUCGCCGUUGUGGCAGUAAUGUGUAAACCUCAUCGUUGUCCGCAUAUUGCUUAUACCGGUAACAUUUGUGUCUAUUGUCCCGGUGGGCCAGAUUCCGAUUUUGAAUAUUCGACACAAUCCUACACAGGUUACGAACCAACAUCCAUGCGUGCCAUCAGAGCACGUUACGACCCUUAUGAACAAGCCCGAGGCCGUGUGGAGCAGCUGAAACAACUAGGUCACUCCAUCGACAAAGUUGAAUAUAUCAUUAUGGGAGGCACAUUCAUGUCCUUACCUAAGGACUACCGUGAAGACUUUAUUGUGAAGCUGCAUAAUGCCCUCUCAGGCUUCAACGGGAAUGACAUUGAUGAAGCCAUCCAAUACUCUCAGCAGAGUUUAACGAAAUGUGUCGGUAUCACAAUUGAGACAAGACCGGACUAUUGCACACGGACUCAUUUAGACGACAUGUUAAAGUACGGAUGCACCAGGUUGGAAAUCGGUGUUCAGUCGCUAUAUGAGGAUGUAGCUCGUGACACUAACCGUGGUCAUACUGUUCGGUCUGUGGCAGAAACUUUUUGCGUGGCCAAGGACGCCGGCUAUAAGAUAGUCUCGCAUAUGAUGCCAGACCUGCCCAAUGUCGGAAUGGAAAGAGACAUUGAGCAAUUCAAGGAGUACUUCGAGAAUCCCGCGUUCCGUACCGAUGGUCUAAAAAUAUACCCAACUUUAGUCAUUAGAGGAACAGGUCUUUAUGAACUUUGGAAAACAGGUCGUUAUAAGUCAUACAACGCCAAUGCUCUGGUAGAUUUAGUGGCCCGAAUUAUGGCUCUUGUGCCACCUUGGACAAGAAUUUACCGUGUGCAGAGAGAUAUCCCGAUGCCUUUGGUCACAUCUGGUGUAGACAAUGGUAAUCUAAGAGAACUCGCAUUGGCCAGAAUGAAGGAUUUUGGUACCACUUGUCGUGAUGUUCGUACUAGAGAAGUCGGUAUCCAGGAAGUUCACCACAAGGUGCAGCCGGACCAAGUUGAGCUCAUCAGAAGGGACUAUGCUGCUAACGGCGGCUGGGAAACUUUCCUGUCUUAUGAAGAUCCAAAGCAAGAUAUUUUGAUUGGCUUGUUGAGACUGAGGAAAGCAUCUAAAAAAUACACUUACAGGGAUGAGUUCAAGUCGCAGAGAACCUCCAUUGUUAGAGAAUUACAUGUGUACGGUUCUGUUGUACCGCUGCACUCAAGGGACCCACGUAAGUUUCAACAUCAAGGGUUUGGUACCUUGCUAAUGGAGGAGGCUGCUAGAAUAGCUAAAGAAGAGCAUGGAUCAGAGAAGAUCUCAGUCAUUUCAGGAGUUGGUGUCAGAAACUACUACGCUAAAUUAGGCUACGAACUUGACGGACCAUAUAUGUCCAAAAAACUAUAA